ACAAGGUCCUGAGUUCAAUACCAAAGAAAACAAAAAUUAUGGUUUGGUUAUUCCCAGGAAGAGGAAGGUUUUUUUCUUUUAGCUAUAGAAAGAUGUGAAUGUGUAAACGGGCAGAUGAUGGCUUCUCAUGAGUUAGAAAACUAUCAUACAUAGUGGUGCUUCCUCAGAUAAGUUAUUGUCUUACAGAACUACAGGAGGAUUCAGAGAUGGUGUGGUAAGAAGACACACUUGCAUAUGGAAAAGGCAGAAAGCACUUAGGAAGGAGUGGUGUUAGCUGCUGUGCGAGGGUGAAAAACACCUUUCUGUAAAGGCUGUUCCAGUGAGGGAGUGUCUUUCCUUUCUGGACUUGUCCUACCCUAAGUCCGAAGGGUUUGCUUUCCUCUUACUUUCCGGUUUGUAGGUGUUUGCUGUGUAACCUGUUGGUCUGUAGUAGCUAAGUCUCUUCCAGUGACUUCAGAUGGAACAGGAUAGAUGUGGAUGCCUGUUGUAUGGAAGCUAACUCUGUACAUCCCUGUCCAAGUUUAGGUACUGGAUGUCACGAUUUUGGCCGGACAGACAUUCUGAAUCUUGGAGAACAUAAGGACAUCUUAGAGAACCUGAGCCCCAGAUAAGGGUUUCCCAGAGCAAGUGCUCAGAAACUGCUUUGAGGGCUCUAUCUGACUGGCUGCAGGUUUGGGCCCCAUGGGAUCCCCGUGACAGUAUUUCCCAAAAGGGAAUAUAAGGAUAAACCGGAAGCCAUGCAGCUCCCAAGUAAUACAUUCCAAGAAGGGACAGAAGUCAAGCGCGAGACGAAUGGUGCUGUUCCCACUGAGCCUUCUCCUGUCCCUGUCUCGCCUCCUGAGCCGAAUGUGGCGGAAAGCCUGUGGACAUCCAAACCACCACCUCUCUUCCAUGCAGGAGCGCCUUACCCUCCCCCUUUGUUUAUCAGGGACACCUAUAACCAAUCAAUACCUCAGCCCCCUCCUCGGAAAAUAAAGCGGCCCAAGCGAAAAAUGUACAGGGAAGAACCCACUUCGAUAAUGAAUGCUAUUAAGCUGCGACCCAGGCAAGUCUUGUGUGAUAAAUGUAAGAACAGUGUUGUUGCUGAGAAAAAGGAAAUCAGAAAAGGGAGCAGUGCAAGUGACUCUUCAAAAUAUGAAGAUAAAAAGCGGAGAAAUGAAAGUGUGGCUACUAUGAACAAAAAACUGAAAACUGAUCCUAAAGUGGAUGGGAAAAACCAAAACGAAAGCCAGAGAAGAAAUGCUGUGGUUAAGGUUUCAAGUAUUGCUCCCAGUAGAGGCAGAGUAGUAAAAGUUUCUUCUGCUCAGGCAAAUACAUCAAAAGCUCAGCUAAGUACUAAAAAAGUGCUCCAGAGUAAGAACAUGGAUCAUGCAAAAGCUCGGGAAGUAUUGAAAAUCGCCAAAGAAAAGGCACAAAAGAAGCAAAGUGAAACCUCUACUUCCAAAAAUGCACAUUCAAAAGUCCACUUCACCCGGCGCUAUCAGAAUUCUAGCUCAGGUUCUCUCCCUCCCCGAGUUCGCUUAAAACCACAGCGAUACAGGAAUGAAGAAAAUGACUCCUCCCUGAAGACAGGACUGGAGAAAGUGCGGAGCGGCCAGGUGGCGCCCAAGCCCCAGUCUCGCUGUACCUCUACCCGCUCAGCAGGUGAGGCCCCUUCAGAGAGUGAGAGUCCCUCAGAAGGCCCCGAAGAGGCCAGCAGUGAGGUUCAGGACACGAGUGGAGUGCAUGCGCCUGGUGGGCGUGAUGAGCCGCAGACACCGGGCACAAAGGGCAGCGGGAGCAGUGUGUCUGUUUACCUGGCCCUAACGCCAAAGAAGUGCGACUCUCCCAGUGCUUCGGUGUGUAGUGCUGAUAGCUCAGAUGGUUUGAAAUCUUCCAACUCUGAGUGUAGCUCUUCUGAAAGCCUUGACUUUCCUCCAGGCAGGGCUCAUGCACCUUGUGCCUCCUCUACUUCCUCCUCUUCAAAGGAAGAGAAAAAGCGCAGUAAUUCCUUGAAAAUGAAAAUCUUUUCCAAAAACGUGUCUAAAUGCAUCACACCAGAUGGCAGGACCAUAUGUGUAGGGGACAUUGUUUGGGCCAAGAUCUAUGGCUUCCCUUGGUGGCCAGCCCGUAUUCUUACUAUAACUGUGAGCCGGAAAGAUAAUGGCCUUUUAGUCCGACAGGAGGCCCGAAUUUCGUGGUUCGGGUCUCCAACCACUUCUUUCCUUGCUCUUUCGCAACUCUCCCCCUUUUUAGAAAACUUCCAGUCACGCUUUAAUAAGAAGAGAAAGGGCCUGUAUCGCAAGGCCAUCACAGAGGCUGCUAAGGCAGCCAAGCAGCUAACCCCCGAGGUGCGGGCUCUGUUGACACAGUUUGAAACGUGAACCCGGACAGUGAGGUAGGCAAGAACCAUUGCGAGGUGCCACAGUCUUCUAGGCUAGUUAGGAAUAAUUUCUACAAAAUAGCUUGGCCAAAUUGGACAAAAAAAUUGCACUCAGUUGGCUGGCUUUUUAUACUUACCUUAUAGCCAUUUUUAGACUGAGAAGCUUAAAACUGAACAGGCAAAUCACUCAGAUUUGUCUUCAGGAAGUGAGAUUUUAACAGUAUUUUCCAGGUUUGAAACCUGAAACCGUCCCAAGGCACAGAAGCCAUAGCCUCAACAAACUGAAUUUUUGCAGGGACUGUUUAUUACCAUUUGUACCUGUUACUGUAUAUUCACUCACACACACACUACCGCCUGUCACUGUGUGACACGGGUUGAAUAUUUGAGAUUUUAGGAAGAGAUGAUGAGUAGGUGGAAGAGUGAAUAAUGACUACUUGUUUUUUAAAUUAAUGAACACUUAGCCUUUCUGUGCGUAUAAUGGUGUAAAAGUUUGAUAUGUGGGUGUUUGACAAACUGAGACGCUUGCGGUUUACUCAGUUACAGACGGGAAGUAAGUAGCCCCGUGUCUGCUUCCAACUGUUAAACGGUCAGGUCCGAACCAUCACUCUUUUGUCCAGUGGGGACAUAAGUAACUUUCAAGCUUUUGGUUUGGGAGUUUAGAUAGGUUUGAUUUUUGGAUAUGUAAAUAGUUGGUUAUUAAAUUUGGUCAGAUUUCUCCUGACUGGCUGUUCCUAAAUUCUUAGGAUACGUCCUAGUAAAUUACACUUUGUGAAUUAAUUGUCAUGUGUAAUUGUUGCAUUUCGGAUGUACCUAAUUUGAUAAUUUUAAAAAAAUAUUUCCCUUUAAGGUAUCUGUUUG